ACACCAGCUCCUCGCUGUAGGUCAGAGAAAAGCCGAGUUACGGAGAGACGAAAGACGCUUCUUACGAGUUUGAAACAAAAGUUUGACAGAAAGACGAUAGACCUCAAGACCUGAGUGACCACAGAAGGAUCUGGGUUAUUUCGACAGAGCUCUGGAUUUUCAAAUCUCAUAUUAACGAUCCGCCUGCGUGCAGGUAACUGCUGAGAUUUGGCUAUGAAGGAACCGACGGGCUCCUUUCUCCUUCUGGUCUGGAGAUAAGUGCUGCAGUCAUGACUGUCAGUCUCCUGCAGCUCAUAAUGACCCUGCUGACUUUCACAAAUGAUGUUUGGACGCUACCGGCCCCUAGCAGUGUUAUCAUGGAGUCUGUCGACAUGAGACACAUGCUGAGGUGGCCCCCCCUGCAGGCUACAUGCAACACUACACUUCUGUACUCUGUCCAGUAUCAGGGAGAGUUUGAGCUGGAGCAUCAGAACGGCAGGUGGAUGGAGGCUCCAGAGUGCCAGCGGAUCACACUCAGUCACUGUGACCUGACCUCUGACCUGGGAUCAGACUCUGACUACAACAUCCGGGUCAGAGCGCAUUGCGGUUCGCAGCGCUCCGCCUGGACCAAACUCAGCCCGUCCUUCAAUAGGAGACAAACCAAACUGUCGGUACCAAAGAUGACAGUGAUGUCAGCAGGCGACGCCAUCCAGGUGUCGUUUGAGACACUUCCUCAGACGUCAACCGUCGAUGUGACCAUUUGGAAAAAAGGCGAAAAGCUGCAGGCUGUCAUGCACUCGAUGCCCGCUGAGGAAGAGGUGCUGCACAUCGCCGCCCUGCAGGAGGGAGCAGAGUACUGCAUCAAAGCUCAGACUGUGCUGCACUCAGGGUUUCGCAGCAACAGCACUGACACCCAGUGUGUGUCCAUCAUAGAUCCAGACGCUCCUGCCUGGAAGACGCCCACCACCCUGACGGUGACGGUCAUCAUCACGGCGGGACUCCUGUUUGUUUUAUUCUGGUCCAUCGUUCACUGUCGUCCAGAAACCUGUAAAACACAUUUCCAUAAAGAGCCUCUGCCACAGUCUUUGAGAGGUAAUUGGGACAUUCAAAUCCCAAUGAGCCCUCAGGAGAAGGAGCUUUGUGACCAGAUGGUGAUGGACCCAAAUCAAACCUCAUCACAGACUGAUGCUGCACUGAUAACCCAUCAGGAAGACUAAACCAAGCUGAAACUCACUGAGAAAAACUACAGCAGGACAACGAGGAAGUAACGUCAUGCUACAGUCCUGCAAUUUAGCUGUUGGAGGGUCACACUGAGCAGCACGCAACAUUUGAAUGGUCCAUUUAUGACUUUCUGAUCAGAGUUGGAGGAGGAACAAGACGCCCCUGUGACCCUGAUUUAGCGACAAAGCUGACAAGUGUUUACAUUCCCUGUUGACUUCUCUUCAGAAAAAAAAAAUGGGUGUUUGGGUGACUUUUAAAGCGCUACGAAGCCCACAGAAGGAGGACAGGAUUUAUUCAAGAUUCAAGUAGAUCUACAGUGGUAGUAAACAAAGAUGUAGGGAAGAAUCUAAGUUCUGUCUAUGUUCUUAGUUCUGCCUUUCAGCAACAAUGCUGUUAAAAGGUUUGUAAAAAAAAAAACAACUUUGGAAAUGAAGAGACAUUUUAAGUAUUACUGUGUAACUGCUGAUUGUGAAACUGUCAGGCAAAUGAACCAUCAUGCUUUGAUCGUAAAAUGAAGCAGUAAUGAAUGAAGAGGGGAUACAAGCAUAUUUUCACCGAGUACAUUUAAGUAUAUUACUCAAGAAAAUAUAUUUACCAAGAUCAAAGAUUACAUUCUGUUUAAAUCGAAUACAAAUAUCCAAAUUUAUCAAGAAAAAAAUGAUUUUCUCAUUGAAGCAAUUACCAGUAUGAGCUUCUUACAAAGUCAUCAGUCCAGCAGACUAACCAGAGAGGAUUCACUACGUGUGUCAGUCUGUAAAAUUCAGUUCAAAAGUUGUGAGCAACAUGCUGCCUACAAAUUAAACAAACCAUCAGACGUGCAGCAGGAGCUCGGACUGACUUCAUCAGCUUUUUAAUAUUUUGGUACUGAGAGUUGUUAAUGCUCAUUUUAGAGCCACCUUUAAAAAUCUGUAUUUAAAACACUCUGAUGCCACACUCUGUUCUUGUUGUCUUACAGUGCUACCUCUUUAGUUCUUUUAGUGUGAAACUACAUGUGUUGAUUUCUAGCUAGUGCUUUACGUUAGCGUCGCCUUUGUUAACAUGUAAUUAAACUGCAGUGAUGUGUACGAGAUGCUAAAGUCAUCACUGUUGAAAAUGUGCUGUUAGGAUGAAAUUAUAAUUAAAGCACAUGCAGUGUGUCAUAUUGUUUUUGAAA